UUGAACACAAACAGUAAACUUAACAAAACAAAGGCAAAUGUGACAUAACUACACAAGGAACAAAUCAGACCUCUUUUUGAUAAUCUUGUCCCCCCUUCCUCAUAUCAUCAAUGAUUCUUCAACCACAUUCACUCUGUUUUUCAUAAUCUCUUUCUCUCUCUCUCUCUCUCUCUCACACACACACACACACACACACAAUGACACAAUCCUCAUUAAUCCACUGAAACAAUCACUAUUCAUUCUCUUUCCUUAAGUGUCAACUCUUACAGAAAGCUACUUUGAAGAAAGAAGAAAAAAAAUGUCUAAGAAGAAGAAAGAGAACAACUUAAAGGUUCUCUGUUUCGUCCUGUUUUUGGGUGGUUUGAUUCAGACAGAUGCUUCUUUUGGAGUAGGAGGCGGUGUUGGAGUCGGAAUCGGUGGCGGCGGUGGUGUUUGGAUUGGCGGCGGAUACAACAACGGUGGUAACCGUAAUGCAGUUCCAGGAUCAGCUCAAAACAGUGUAGCUUACAAUGCACUCCAAGCUUGGAAGUCAGCGAUUACAGAGGAUCCAUCAGGUGUUCUUAAAACAUGGGUUGGAUCAGAUGUUUGUUCUUACAAAGGUGUGUUCUGUUCUGGCCAAAGUAUAACCUCCAUAGAUCUUAACCAUGCAAACCUCAAAGGCACACUUGUCAGAGACAUAGCUUUGCUCUCGGACCUCAACAUCCUCCAUCUCAACAGCAACAGAUUCUCAGACCAAAUCCCAGAUUCUUUCAAGAACUUAGUUUCACUUCAAGAACUUGACCUAAGCAACAACAUACUCUCAGGUCCUUUCCCUUUAGUCACACUCUACAUCCCAAAUCUGGUUUACCUCGAUCUCCGGUUCAACAGUUUCUCCGGUUUAAUCCCUGAAGAGCUUUUCAACAAACGGUUAGACGCGAUUCUCCUCAACAACAACCAAUUCGCCGGAGAAAUCCCAAGGAACCUCGGGAAUUCUCCGGCUUCGGUGAUCAAUCUCGCAAACAACAGAUUCUCCGGCGAAAUCCCGACGAGUUUUGGCCUCACGGGAUCGAGGGUGAAGGAAGUUUUGCUCUUGAAUAACCAGUUAACCGGUUGUAUACCGGAAUCUGUUAGUAUGUUCUCUGAGAUCCAAGUCUUUGACGUAAGCUACAAUUCAUUGAUGGGUCAUGUCCCAGAGACCAUCUCUUGCUUGUCGGCGAUUGAAAUUUUGAAUCUUGCCCACAAUAAAUUCUCCGGCGAGGUUCCUGAUUUGGUCUGUUCGUUGAGGAGUUUGAUUAAUCUCACUGUUUCUUUCAACUUCUUCUCUGGGUUCAGCUCUCAAUGUUAUUCCAGGAUUAGUUUCGGGUUUGAUUUCGUCGGUAAUUGUAUCCCCGGGAGGAACUCGCAGCGGCCUCAGCCGGAUUGUUCUGGUUAUUCCGGCGGUGCUAUGAGCUGUUUUAGGAUUCCGACGCAGCCUUUGGCUUGUGCUGCAAGAAGUGUUGGAUUGAAAGAGGGUAACGAUCAGUACACUUCAUCUCUUCCAUAAUAGUUUAGAUUUUGAUCCUAGAAGCUUUUUAUAUGCGUAAAGAUGUAUCCUUUUUGUGACUUGAUUAGUUAAUUAGUAAGCAGUUCAUUGUUAAGCUAGUUCGAUGCUUCUGUGUAGUCGAAUUGUGCUAAUGUCUUCUUUUUUGUAAAAUAAAAUCUAACAUAAGAAUAAGAUGCCAUUAUAUGUAAAUUA